GCCCCGUUACUCCGCUACCAUGCUUUGGAAGCAUUGGCCAAAGGACUUUGUUCUGCAGGUCGCGCUCUCACGGACCAAAUGGUUAAAGAUUUGCAUAAGAACAUGAGGGCUGCACUUUUGGACAGAGCUCUACCAGUCCAACGAGCGGCCUGUUCGGUUCUGAGCAGUCUUUUCCCAAAAUCGAUCACGAAGGCGUCAGAUUCGGGACGUGCACCCUCAACCGCUGUUUUGGCCCUCUCGGAUAUCGAUGGUCUCAUGACCCAGAUCAUGAAGUCCUUAGAGAAUCCGGAGGGUGACAAAUUGACGAGACUGUCUCUUGCACAGCUCACAGCUCAUAUACUGUCCUCAACCCAAAUACCCAGGGCUGUAAC